ACCUUCUCAAUGCGGCUUUCACAGCCAUGAUGCCGGGCUACACUUUUGUGACAGAAAAAGAAUAUCAUGAAAGAAAACAAGAAAGACAUGAGGAUACUGUUUAUCAACCCGUCGACAUGUAUGCAUUUCAUCAAUGUACUCUUGUUGGUG